UGAUCGUUUGGCCAACAAACCGUCGCCGUCCCCUCAGAUCGCCAUCCCCCAAAGCCAUCGAGCAUGAAUUCGGCUCUACUGAACCACCCUGCUGUGCGGCUCUCGGGGCGGAUCGCCAGGCGCCGCUCGCCCGUAUCGCUCGCAUCCCGCUGCUUCAGCGCCGAAACCGACAAAGCCGCAAGCCAUCGCCCUGAUCCCGCAGCCGUGCGCAAGCCAGUCAUCGGCGAGACGCCUAAUCCCAAAAACUACACCAGCCCCCAUCCGUUCUUCCCAAAAUACUCCACGAGGGAUCGACUGCUGAGCUUUGCGAUUGGCGCCGCUGCCGUGGGCUUGACCUGCUUCUAUGCCAUCCGCAACGACGAGGAGGCGGAGCAGCCCUCGGCAGCGCUGCUGGAAUCCUCAACUGUCUCGAUGGAUCAGUGGCACAGUAUUGCCGAGAGCCGACAGUAUCCAGGUGUCUACGUCUGGGGAAACAACAACUUUGGCAUCGUUGCUCCCGAAUCGGACCAGGCGGUUUUGAAGGUUCCAGCAGCUCUGAAGGCCUUUGAAGGAAAGGUGCUGCGACAUCUGGCUGUCACCGAGAAGCAUGCAGCCGCGAUUGAUGAGUACGGCAACCUGCUCCAGUGGGGAGACGGAUAUCAUGGCCAGGACCUUUCCAGAGGCAACCGCAGCGACCCCGGUGCGCUCUCCGAGACCGAUCUGGCUCCCGAGAUUACUCUGAAGGGCAAGAAUCUGGUCCAAGUGGCAUGCAGCUCGAACGUCGUUUAUGCGCUUUCCAAGUCUGGCCAGGUCUAUGCCGUCAGCGCACGCAGACAAGCUCAGAAAGACAGCGCUUCCAGCCAGGCUUCGCCGUCGCUUUGGAGCUGGCUUGGCGGCCAGCAGCAGAGUUGCACGCCCGUUAAUCUUCCUAACGGCAUCUCGGACAAAGUCGUGACGAUUGCUGCUGGUGAAAACCACCUCGUCGCCAUCUCAUCGCGAGGCCAGGCCUUCGUACUGCCGACAAACCAAUACGGAAACUCCAAGGGCCAGCUCGGCCUCAACCACACCUUCCUGCCGUCCAACUUUGCCCCCUCAGGCACCAAUGCUUCGCCAUUUCGACCUGACAGCUGCACUGUCUUCUCCAAGGUUGAGUCGCUCGCAGGGAUAGAGUUUGUUCAGGCCGCUUGUGGGGCCGAGCACACGCUCUUGAGGAGCCGAGACGGUCGAGUCUUUGGAUUCGGAUCCAAUUCGUCCGGGCAACUCGGAACUGGCCCCCUGCAGGACAAGGUCGAGAAGCCUAUCCAGAUCGAAACCAUUUGGAACCGUGGGCCCCGCACGUCUGCUAAGCCUCUGGAUGCUGAAUGCACCCAGGUUGCCGCCGCUGGCCAGUCAAGCGUGUUUGUAGUGGAUCGGGCAGAGUCGUCGGAAGUUAUGGUGUGCGGCAUAGGCCAGCUUGGUCAACUUGGCAACGGCAACUUGAAUCAUGUCUCACUCUACCCUGUGCUUGUCCGAGCGCUCUCCGAUCUCAAGGAGUACUCUGAGAAGGACCAGUGCGUCAAGCCCAUUCGUGUGAUUCAGAUUGCCUGUGGUGGAGAUCACAACGCCGCCGUCUUGGGCACCGCCAGCGACACCUCCGACAUUGGCCGCGACGUUCUUAUGUGGGGCGCCAAUAACUGGAACCAGCUGCGGCGCAUUGACGGCAAACAAGGCCAUGCCCCAACGCCAAUGUGGAUCAAGCCCAUCCACUACGGCAAGCUCCACGAGGUUGCUGUCGACAAGGAUGCGGAGCCUUUGGGCCGCCUUCAGUUGGCUCCAUUGGGCUCAGUCAAAGUUGAUGGAAAGCGCAAUGUGCGGAAUGUGCGCCAGGAAAUCGUUUGUGGGCCAGGCUACACCAUGGUCUAUUACAGGGUAAUCUAAGCACUUACAGCGUACCCAAAGCGAAACGGGGCGCCCUGUUUGAGGCAGAACCGUAGUUUUUGCUCUGGGCCCUGAAUACACAUUUGCUCGCCGCUAUCAUGA